AUUGGAAAAUGUGCCCAUAUUGUAAACAGUGCGUUACAGGUAUUUUAGCAGCAGAUUAUUCUUCGCCGUGCAGUAAGCAUCUUAUGUUGAAUUCUCAAUAAACAAAGUGGAGUUGUUGUGCUUAUAAACCUAUGUCUUGGUCACAAUUACAGUCAUUUAAAACUUCUGAGUACUAUUGUCGGCGAUUGUUGUCUACGCAUGUCAAAUUAAGUCCCCUGGCUGACGCUUUUAACUACCAUCUGAAUACGGAGGAUGAACGGAUAAACAAAACUACAGGACUUUUUGGCCAUCAGAGUUUAUUAUCUCCUAGUGGUUUUCAGAGUCUUGUUAACUCCACUAUGAAAGAGUGUCACUCACUGUUGAAUGAAGCCACUUCUGUGACGAGGGUUAGAAAGAUGGUUCAGGUAUUGGAUGAUAUGUCUGAUGCCCUGUGUCGAGUAGCUGAUUUAUCUGAUUGUGUACGAAUGCUUCAUCCUGAUGAAGUAUACCGUUCUUAUGCACAGGAAGCAUGCCAGUCAAUCGGUCAAUUGGUUGAAGAGUUAAAUACUAAUUCUGAACUAUAUAGUGCUUCCGUAAGAGCAAGUAGAUCAUCUAGAGUGAAUAAAUUGAUUCCAGACAUGCAUAUGGAUAACGUUGAUAAACGUGUACUGGAUUUAUUUAUAGCUGAUUUCGAGCUCUCUGGUGUGCAACUGCAAGAUCCUAGUCGACAUCAACAAUAUGUGCGUGCUGCUUCACUUGCUUUACAUCAUGGAGCUGAAUUUAUUAAGGCUUGCCAUAGUUCGGUAACAUUUCCAUCACAAUUAUUAUGUAAUAGUGAUUUUAAUUCAGUUGAACUCAUCCAUCCACUUACUGAUCAUCCAGAUUCCGCUAUGCGUUUGGCCACCUACCAUGCUUAUUAUGCACCAAUUGAAGGUCAAGAAGAAUGCUUAGAACAUCUUUUGGAUGCAAGACAUGAAAUGGCACAAGCUGCUGGCUUUGAAAGUUUUUCCCAACGUGCUACGCUUCAUAGUCUAGCUGAAACACCCAAGAAUAUUGAUGAGUUUCUUCAGCAUGUAUGCGUAAAACUUCAUCCUAUUGCUACUGAAGUAGUUAAAGAGCAAUUGUUACCGAUUGUAAAAGGUUCCCAUCAAAAAAUGGCUGAUAAUGUACAGAUUAAUUAUAAUCCAAAUUUGAUUUGGCCUAGUGACUUACCUUAUGCUCUCAUGAUUAGACGUAAUGCACUAUACAGUCAUCAUUUAGCAGAUUACUUUUCUUUGGGUGCCUGUAUGGAAGGUGUAAGUCAGUUAGCCAACUGCUUAUUUGGAUUGCGUCUAGAAGUUGCACCAGUCCAAGCCGGUGAAACAUGGCAUCCAUCUGUUAUCAAAGUGUAUGUCUAUUCAAAUAAAAGUAAUUCUACCGAACCUAUUGGAACAGUAUAUUGUGAUUUACUUGAUCGUCCUGGUAAACCAGCACAAGAUUGUCACUAUACAAUUCGUGGUGGUCGGCGCCUAUGUAGUGAUUCAGCUAAUACAUCAUAUCAGUCCCCAAUUAUUACACUUCAGCUUACAUUAUCUCCGUCACCGUCAAAAGGUAUACCUCCACUACUUAGUCUGGGACAAGUAGAGAAUUUAUUUCACGAAUGGGGUCAUGCCUUGCACUCUAUGCUUGCACGCACACGAUAUCAGCAUGUUACAGGAACUCGGUGUAGCACUGAUUUAGCUGAAUUGCCAUCAACUUUGUUUGAACACUUCGCAUUUGAUUCACGCGUAACAUCAGAGUAUGCUAGACAUUGGAAAACAGGUGGAAAACCAGAUUCUAACGAAAUGAAAGCAUUAGAACAAUUGUCUAUUAGUCGUGGACUUGGUCAAAGUGUAGAAGUUAGUCAGCAGGCCACUUAUGCUAUUCUGGAUCAAGUCUUACACUCAGGUCCAACUGAGAAUACCUUACUACCGUAUUCAAAUUAGCUCAAGGUUCGAUAGGUUUAUGGCCGGCCUCUACUAAGCUACUUUCAGAUAUUCAGUGUAAUGUUGGCCUGUCUGAUUGGUCGAGUUGUUCACCAGCUCAUUUAAGUGCAUGGCCUCACCGUUUCACCCAUCUAGUCAAUUAUGGUGGACGUUAUUAUUCUUAUUUAAUGGCAAGAGCUGGAGCUGAUCUAGUAUGGCGGCGUUACUUUUCGAAAGAUCCUUGGAAUUCUUCAAAUGGACAGCGUUAUGUAGAAAAACUGUUAUGUCGUGGGGGUGAAUAUUCUCCAGCUAGUAUGCUUUCUGAUUUACUGGCGUUGAAUGAAUCGGAUUCCAGUGUAAAUAAUGCCAGUGAUGCAAUAGGCAUUGAUAAUGAUAACAGUCAUUUUAUAUUAUCACCUAUAAAAUUAGCUGAAGGUUUAACAGAUCAGUUAGAAGAGAUGGAAACAGCUUCAGCUUCUGUACUGAAUCGUAUGCAAUCACCUAGUUUGUUUAGACCAGAAAUAUACAACUAGUGAGGAAUGAUACGAUUAAUUUCUGUUGGUUUUGUAAAUAUAUACCAUCUAGUUCUU